UGGUACCCUGACCUGAGAAGAUGGUGGGACUGAGGAACCGUUCCACGUGGGAUCCCCUGCUGCUUAAGUCGUCCUGCAUCAAAUCCUGUGCCGUCGGCUGCUCCUUGGGCAUCACUUCACACCUCACCUACACUAAUGCAGACAAAGAGCCCGUUGAAGGUGUGUUUGUGUACCCUCUGAAAGAAAAGGAAGUUGUGGUUGGCUUCGAGGCGGCCAUUGCAGGACGUCUUAUGGGCGUCCAGAUUCAGAACCGAGGCAAGCUAAAGGACUGCUGCAUGGACUGCGGCCUUGGAUCUGCUGCCGAGGGUCGUGAAUGGAAUUGCUGCGGGAGCUCCGGCUUGGACAUGCAAUGCACCAAUGGUCAUCUUAUCCUGGAUGAAGACCUAGAAAGAAAUACCUUCAUCGUAGGAACAGGGGUCAUUGGACCAAUGGAUAUAGUGUCCAUCAUCAUGAAGACCUCACUGGAACUGCCUACAUUAGAAAAUGGAGCAAUCCACAUUGUCUACCCGACUUUACUGACACCCAUCGUCACGCACAUGACGGCAAGCAAGAGUGAAAAUGCUGGCAAAUCAGAAGAAACCGGACCAACCAGCUGUUUUAGUGCCACGUCAGGAAAACAGGAGCGGGUUCUUGAUUCUGAGCAGCAGUACUGUGCGCAUGCCAUCUUCAGCAGUCCAUCUGCCACUUUGGCUCCUUAUGAACUCAACUUCCAACUCCUGGUUCGAGGGGCUUGUCUGCUAGCCGGACUGGAGAGCCCCACCCAUGCCCUGAGAGCAGAUGCUGACCCCAGCGCCCAAAGUGCCUCCUCCACCUACAUCACCUUAGCCCAGGAGCAUCCCUAUGACAGACACAUAGAGAUCAUCCUGCACCUCAGCGAACCCCACAGCCCGCUGGUCAUAAUCGAGAACGGAAGGCUCUCCUUUAGCCAGUAUGAACAGCACAUCUUCUCUCGACGUGACUUCAUUCGCUAUACCCGUAAAGAUCUUGAACCUGAGAGGAAGGUGGAGUUUGUGCGGAAGCGGUACCACAAGGACAUCCUAAACAACCCGGUGCUGAUGCUCAAUUUCUGUCCCGAUUUCUUGGGGGAGCCUCUGGAGGUGAACAAAGCCACCAGAGAAAUAUUAUUUCUUGUCGACUGGAGUGGCGGCACGAGUGGGACCAACAUCCGUCGCGUCAAAGAAGCCCUGGUGGUCGCGUUGAAGAGUCUUCCUUCGGGCACCCUGCUCAACGUUGUCGGCUUCAGCACCCCCAUGAAACCGCUGUUCGCUGCCAGCAAACUCUGCACAGAUGUUACGCUGAUGCAGGCCUACGAGUACGUUCAAAGGAUGAGAGUGAACAUGCGAGGCGUCAACCUACUGGGGGUGCUGUCUUGGGUGUACCAGCAGCCAAUGCAGCGCACGUACCCUCGCCAGAUCUUCAUCAUUACCGAGGGCUCCAAAAGCAACGUGGCCAAAGUUUUGGAGCUGGUUCGUAGGAAUACAUGCGCUGGCAGAUGCUUUGGCUUGGGCCUUGGUUCCCAAGCAUGCAGGCGAUUGCUGCAGGGUGUCGCCAAGCUGACAGGAGGCACUACAGAGUUUUUGGAAGAUGAGGAAAGACUUCAGCCCAAGCUCAUCAAGUCACUGAAAAAAGCCCUCGAGCCUGUGCUGACCGAUGUGCGGAUUGACUGGUACCUGCCUGAAAACAUGGAGGCCCUUCUUUCGCCCAAUGAAAUCCCCGCGCUCUACCCAGGGAAUCGUCUUAUUGGAUAUUGCACGCUCUAUGACGUGACAACUUUUAAAGCCAAAAAGACAGAGUGCGGCUCCAAAGGUGUACAUAACGCCUCUGUUUUUUGCCCAUCAAAUGACGACAUUUCACCUCCAACUUCCGAGCUCAUGCCUGCGGUGACUUGUCCAGACGGUAACGACCUCGAGGAGGCGUUGAGAGAAAUAUCCAGAGAAAUCUCCUCAGAGUUCUCCUGUGCCAAAGACGUGGACCCCGACCCCAGCGCAGGUGCAGAGGUAGAGUGGUCCAGCGACGUGAGGACGAGGAUCCAGGAGAGCUCCUACAUCCAAGAGCAGUACGUCCUCACCCGUUGCUCAGUCAGUAGCGAGCAGAGUCUACCCACACACGUAGAGGCCUCGUCAAGUUGCGACGCUACGAGCCGGGGUUAUCUCCCUGACCCGAUGCCGUCUGCUCCGCUGCUGGACACGGGAUCUUUACCUCAAGGCCUUGAGAAGAUACCCGGUCCAGAAGAGCGCUCAUCUUUGUCUCGCUGGGCUGACUCGGCGUGGCCGCAGAGUCUCUUAGCUGAUACUGCUGAUAACUCUGGGAAAAAGGACGAAUCACAUUGGAGACAAAAAUCGCUGGCCCGUUCAACCAUGGCAGCGAGAAGCUUCUCAUCGCCACAGGGUGAGCUGGAGAUGCAUCGUCUCAGGAGAGCUCUGGAAAGGGUCUCCUUCAACCAAACUCUAGGAGGAAGGCUAGAUGAAAGUGAUGGAGAGACAAAGCCGCCAGAGACGCUAUCUCACAGAAGCCUAAAUGACUCCAGUGGACUCCUUUUCCCCGCCUCUCCUCUGGAUUGGGACAACUUCACAGAUCCAGAGUACCUCUUCACCGCAGUCCCCCUGGAGGAUCCCCAACCGGGUCAAUGUCGCUCCCUCAUUCACGGCCUUCUGGGCGGCAAACCCGUGUCCUGGGAGGUCACCGUGAACCUGGCCCACCUCUUGAUCCCUGAAGAGCAGAGGGCAACAGUUGGGGAAGGGUGCACAAGUCAAGGAGGGGGAAAAGAAAGGGAAUCUUGGGAGGAGAUCAUUCACCAGCUGACGGCUCGUUCUGUCAUACGAGACUUUGAGAAAAUGGCAGAGAGGGAGAGCCAAACGGGACAUGGUUCAGCUAAGCGGUACCGUCUGAAGGCCAUCCAGACCAGUAAGCAUUGCAACAUCGUCUGCAUGUACACUGCCUUCUCCAUAAUUGACAGCAACUCCAGGAAAGGCUUUCAGAAUGACACGGAGGUCCACGAUUCAGAGAUACUCCCGGGAAGUAGCCGCAGUUCCCACUCAGACAGUCGCAGAAGCAAAACUUAUUCGGUAGGUCUGGGCAGAAGACCCAUGAGCAGAGACUGUGAAGAGGGUGAGGACACAUUGAACUCUACAGACAGGGAUGACACUCCUGCCUCACCGUGUAGCCUUACAUCCUGGGACUCUAACGUCCCCAGUGCUGCUGCCUCAGUAACAACAGGCCCGUCGUCUACUCGUUCUCAGCGAUCUAUAGAGAGCAAGUCGAUGGAGAGCUUCUUUGGCACCAGGUUUCCCCUUGGCAGACUCAGAUCCUCCAUUUCAUCAGGACGACAGGUUGCUCUCAAGUCCCACUGCCUGUCCGCAGAGACUGACAAACAACCUGAGAAUGAAGCUCCAGACUACCUGCCCCUGGUUCGCCUUCAGCUGGCUUCGGGAGCUUUUCGGCUCACUGAGAUGUACGCCGACUGUGUCCAGAUCCCCUUGGACCGGCUGAAGAGGGCUUCCCCCUACAUACUUCACCGCCGCAGCCUAAGCCCGCCUUUCCGUUGUGCGUCUCCUAGCGCUCCAUCUUUAUCCUCCUCCACCAAACCGCCCAGUCAUCACCACGUAACCUUUUCACCCUCCUCCUGCUCCCUCACCAAAACAACCGCGCCGCCCUUCCACCACACGCCAGACGACACGCCUUUGAUGCUGGAAGCCAGACCUCGACGAAGACACCUGUGGGACAGAGACCCCGUCAUCUUAUCUCCAGAUCUCCCUAGUUCUGAGGAAGGCUCCCUGGAGCUUCCGGCCAGCAACUCUCCAGGCCAGAGUCAUGGACAGGCAGAUAGCGGUCGCGGGUCAGAGACUGAUGUAUGUGAGGGAUCUUUACUGGAGCCCCCUUACCUCCAGGUAAGCAGCCAAUUGGCUCAAGAUGACCCAGAGGGCUCGAGCUGGGCAACUGCAGUGGCUCUGGCCUGGCUGGAGCACCGCUGCGCCGGAUAUUUCAUGGAGUGGGAGCUGGUGGCAGCAAAAGCCGACUUCUGGCUGCGUGGCCAGGAGCUGCCCGAGGGUGUGGACCUGGCCGGGUUGAGGGGGGCCGCCAGACAGCUGUUUCUGCUGCUGCGCCACUGGGAUGAGAACAUCAAAUUCAACAUGCUGUGUUAUAACCCCAAUAAUAUGUGAGGCAAUCUCCUCCAAAGGUGGACUGUCUAGUGACGUGGACUCGAGUCACCUGUUUUGAUGACUUGUAAGUGGAUGUAGCAGAGAUUUUGGAAUCAAUCGUGAUUGAUGUUCCUUUUCAGGUUUCAUGUUAGUUAGCCCCAGGGAGCCCAGCAUACUCACGUGUGCAAGGAAUCAGAAUGAUACUGCUAUGUUUCCAUUUGACCAAGGGAAGGAAACUUCUAUAUACACAAAUCAUCCUGCAAUAGCAAAUUUAAUCAGAGAUGGCUUAGUUUGUGUGCAAAAAAAAAAAAUCCAAUGAAUUAGUCAACUACGUGCAUCUUCAAUUAAAAAAAA